AUGGAACAGGGAAGAAAAAGAGCUCCCAAGCCGCACCACCCGCACCACCCGCAUCAUAUGCCCCCUGGCCAGCCGGCGGGCUACACCGACGAAGCGGCUGCCGAGUGCCACGACCUGAUCGACCGCGCCGAGGAAGACGCUCACCUCCACGAGCCCAGCUCGAUGUACUCAACCACGGAUAAACCGGAGCCCGUGCACCGGGCCACUGCCCCCAGCGCUUCUGGUACUGCUGGCGCCUCUGGUGCCGGUGUCGGUGGUGGCAUUCGCAGUGGUGGUGAUAGUGCCGGCAGUGGUAAAGCCAAAGGCCAGGGUGGACUGGAGGGCGCUGCGGGCGCGGUGGGCGGCACGGCUGCUGCGGCGGGUGAGAAGAUGCAGCAAACGGGUCAGAAUGUGACGGAGGCGUUGGGUGGGAAGAUGGGGGAGGUGAAGAAGAAGAUGGGGUUGGGUGAAUGA